AUCCUUCUAGAUCAGAUCCUCUCCUUCGGUGCCAAGGCCCUGACACAGCAGGAGGACCUGCCUGCAAGGAUGCCCCACUCGAGAAAUCCAAUGGCCAGGCAGGUUCUAGAACUAUCCCUGCAGGGGCAACAGAGACGUUCCGUGGCCUUUGACUAUGUGCCCGUGGUGGUGGACCCCGGAUCCCAGAAGCCUGAAUCCAUCAAGUUCCAUUUCUACAGUCAACAAUAUUCCAAUUCCUUCAUGCCAUUCUACACAGUGCAGAAACCCACCUGUGGCUACCUGUACCAUCGGGACAUGGACCACACCCGCAAGAAACUGAACGUCCCCUACUUCAACAUCGUUAAGUGGAGUUCCCACCUCCCAGUUGAGCACUAAGCCCUUCCCCUCCUCUUCCCCACAGUGGAUUGAUUGCCCCAUGGACCACCUGGGCCACCCCACUCCAGGCCCUGAGAGGAGCAACCAUUUGCUGGGGGAGUAGGCCUAGUCUGCAGUAGGCUAGUUAAGUGAGCAAAGCUAGAUGUGACAAACAGAUAAAUAAAUCUAGUUUGUCUUCCCUG